GGCGAAGCCGCUGUGCCUUUUCUGACCAGACUGAGAAAUUGCUGCAAUGGACUGCCACGCGAGGCUCUCAAUCUUCAUUGUUGCUGUUGCUUGUUGUCCUGUUUGGUCUCUGUCCAACAUCCUCGCUUGCGAUCUGUGGAAAGUAUGUCCGCUCAACCUUUACCCAGUCGACACACGGCCAUAAUUUACGAUAAUCCUGGCACGCCCAGCGUCCAAAUCGUCACGGUCGACACGCCACGUCCAGGACCUGGUGAUGUCCUGGUUCGCAUAACACACUCUGGCGUCUGCCAUAGUGAUUGGGGUGUAAUGACCCGGAGACAAGGGGACGUUGGACCACCAGCACAAGCUGGUCAGAUAGGAGGACACGAGGGUGUCGGAGAGAUCGUGGCGUUCGGCUCGGAAACAGAGCAGACAGGUCUCAAGCUCGGGGACCGUGUGGGGAUCAAAUGGAUGGCUCGUAUUUGUGGUCAUUGUCUUCCCUGUAUGGCUGGUCGCGACGGCUGCUGUUUGAAUGGCACGAUUUCUGGGUACGGAAGUCCUGGAACGUUUCAGCAAUAUGUGCUUGCGCCAGCCACGUAUGUAACGCCGAUUCCUGACUCUCUCGCAAAUGAGGUGGCGGCCCCAAUGUUAUGUGGAGGAAUUACUGUUUAUGCCGCCUUGAGGAAAUGUGGUGCGAAGCCGGGUGACGCCGUCAUCGUAACGGGAGGCACAGGUGGGCUUGGACAUCUGGCCCUUCAAUUUGGCGCACGAGGCAUGGGAUUCCGAAUGAUUGCUCUAGACUACGGCGACAAGAAGCCCUUCGCGGAGGAAUGUGGUGCUGAGCACUACUUUGACGUGUCUAGGUAUGGGUCGGACGCUGUCCAACUCGCCGCCGACGUCAAGAGAGUAACUCCGCAGGGGUUGGGAGCGAGUGCCGUCAUCGUGUGCACAGCAUCAAAUGAUGCAUAUGCCGCGGCGUUAGAUUUUGUACGGUUCGGCGGCACGGUGGUGUGUGUGGGAGUGCCCGAGGGUGCCCCUGUUGCCAUUGCGACGGCAGAACCUGCAAGAUUGAUCAAUCAGGAAAUCUGUAUACGAGGCAGCGUAGUCGGGAAUCGCAUGGAUGCCAUAGAGGCUAUGGAGAUGGUUGCUCGUGGAGUGGUGCAGGUUCAGGUGACGGUACAGCCGAUGUCGAGCCUCAUGGAUAUAUUUGACCGGAUGAACAAGCGGCAGCUACAGGGGCGCAUGGUUCUCGAUAUGAGUGACUGAGUGGUAGUUAGAUGCAGCAAAGCCGGGCUGUCUCCCGGCCAUCAUAGACAAUGACCAAUACUUCAGCAAGGUAUAGA